UGUGAUUGGCCAGACGGCCUGUAGCUCAACCGAUCUUGACAGAGGCGGAAGGGGCGGGACUUAACAAUACAGAGGCUCAUCAUGGCGGGAUGCAUGAAAAUGACAAACGGUGUCCCCUCUAUAAGACCCACAUUAACCGUUUUCAUGGUGCUACUUAUCAGUUUACCUCAGACAUCAGGACACCAGGAUACGGGUAACAAACAUCCCGUAACUGAUCUCGAGGAUGGAAAGGAGUACGUUAUGUCAGGGUCCAAAAGUUUCUGUUACAAAAACUCUGUGGUGCCGACUUGGAGGCAAACAUGGACAAGAAUUCAGGUCAAAGUGUGGAGUCCAAACGUGUUUAAGGUGGAAACUGUUGCGGGUGAGGAGGAGCUGCAGGAGCUGGACCGCUUCAGUGUCUGGGGCUGGUUUCAGGGCUUGUUACGUGAGCGGCACAAUGAAACCACUAUUAACAUCAAUCUGUUCAGCAAGAAGAUGUGCUUCAAGGUCGAUCCUGCUGACAAAACACAGUACACUGUCAAGCCCUUUCGUAAGUUUGAUAUCUAUCUGUUUUUGGUUUUCUUCGCUGGAGCUACUUUGUUUGUCUUUGCAGGAUCACUCAGCAGGAGUCAAGUUUUCUUCUACUCUGCUGGUAUGAGCACAGGCCUGAUUGCCUCGCUCAUCAUCCUCUUUUUCAUUUUGGCACGCUUUUUGCCAAAGAAAAGCCCUUUUUAUGUCUUGAUUGUUGGCGGCUGGUCGUUUUCUGUGUACGCCAUCCAACUUGUCUUCAGGAACCUCGGCGUAAUUCUGCGGGAACACUGGAACGUGGCAUUAGGUUAUGUAACAGUGGUGGGAUUCAUCACUUUUGCUGUGUGUUACCGUUACGGUCCUCUGGUGGAUGCGAAGAGCAUUAACAUCUUGUCAUGGACGCUGCAGCUAUUUGGCCUGCUCCUGAUUUAUUUAGGGAUUCAAAUUCAGCAAGUUGCCAUCGCCAUCAUCGUGGCAGCUUUGUUCUCGAAACAUCUGGAGUACCCAGUCUUUCUGACAGUUGCUGCAUGGAGGAAAAUGAAACGGUAUAUUCACUGGAAGCCGGAGCCACGUCGCCUGUUGACGGAGGAAGAGUUUCAAAAGCAGGGGGAGGAGGAGACUUUGCGUUCUCUGGAGGAGUUGAGGAAACAUUGCAACAGCCCAGAGUUCAGCCCAUGGAAGACAGUGUCCAGGCUUCAGUCCCCAAAAAGGUUUGCUGAUUUCAUCGAAGGGUCUCCUCACUUGAUGUCAAAUGAGGUGUCUGUUCACGUGCAGGAAUACGGCUUUGGAGGAUCCUUUUUUGAGGAUGAGUUUUUUGACACAGACGACGAAGAAGAAGAAGACGCUAUUAAGCCUAUGAUGAUACCGGAGUGAGACAGCAGUUUGUUAAGAGACGUACGAAAACAGAGACAAUUAAAUAAUUGCCUUACAGAAGGGUAGCCGGAGAACGGCUCUCCGUGGCUUCAAUGCAAACGUCUAGACUGACCAAGUGAUUACUGUGGAGGCUGGAUUAAGAAAACUUUGGAUUGGGAUAUCGGUCAGACGAGCCACCUUGAGUGGCGGCUCUCUACGGAAAACAGGCAGAACAGUGUGGUCAGAUCUGUUAUCGCCAUAAAAAAUGACAAAGUAAUGUAGUUUCAAAGAAUGUGCAUUAACGCCAAUCUCUUCUUCUUUAGGGAACAAAGGCCUCUGUUAAAAUCGUGGUUACAAAUACUGUGACGCUCUGUGAUUAGGACCUUUUUUGGAGGUCAAAGCAAUUUAACUUUUUACUGUGUGAUGGGAGUUUGUGUUGUCUUUAGCGUGGAAAAGGAUUUUAAGUUUUAGUUUUUUUGAAACGUGUUCACAGCCCUUAGCCUCUAAAUGGGUUCACCGCAGCGAAAUGCAAUGAGCGUCCAGAUAACAUGUUAAGUACACCAUGUGAUACGUUCUCACCUUUUUGAGCUGUAGCUUGAUAUGGUGGUUAUCAUUCUAUCACUCUCCUCAGGGAGGAAAAGUUUGUUCAAGUUUGUAUUUCAUUGUUUUCUUUUUAAUGGCCGUAAAUUGGAGGAAGUGUCCCCGAAAUAUUUUGAAUAAAAUAUAUACUU